UGAUAGUAUUAUGAGCAGCCAUCGUCAGAUCUUCUCAUGGACUGUAAAUUGGACCUUCAUAAAGGGCAAGGAAAGCCUGCAACGAUCUUAUUCGGCCCCAGGUUCUUGUCGCAAAGGUGCUAUCAGCUCUCCCCUCCAGAGGAACUAACCUUGGCAAUGACACUAAGAAGGGAGGGACCAGCUCCCCCAGAAGAACUGUUGCAUGCACCAAUCCUCUCGAAGGAGAGAUACGGGUCUGUUAGCCGAGUUUACAUCAUAUGCGACGAAGAUAAAUGCAUUUCCCCUGAUUUCCAACGUUGGAUGAUUGAAAAUGACCCAGUGAAAGAAGUGAAAGUGAUCAACGGUUCUGAUCACAUGACCAUGUUCUCCAAACCACAAGAGUUAUGCAAUUGUCUGCUAGAGAUCGCUGAGACAUACUCUUGAUUGAUUCACUACAACUACUAUCGUUGCUGCUGCUGCUUUUGCUACUAUUAUUGCUAUCAUUACUAAAUUAUUAUUGCAAUUAGAUGAAACACCCAAAGACAAUCUGAAAUCCAUAAAAUAAUUUCAUGUAUGCAUAA